GUGAAGAGAAGAACCAUCCAAAUAUAUAUUCUAUUGGGUUUUUUUUCCCCGAGGCGUGGAGGAAAAAACAAAGGGAAAUCAAUUAUCAAAUCUCUGCUUCCAAAAAGAUCGCCUUUUUUCACUGCCUCACUUGGCAAAACCCACCAAUUUACGUUUUUUGUGUACCGUAUGCUUGUGUUGUCGGGUGAGUUAGAUGCUUCAUUGGCUGCAGUUUCUUGUCUCUCGUCCCUCUUCUGGUCUCCUCUUGUCUGUUUUCUGAUCUACCCAUUUUCCUCUCCAGUCUCUAAAUCUUCUCAUUCUCCACCCUCCUCCUAGAUCCUCUCCCUGAGCCCACGGAUCUGAAAGCUCUUGUCUUUCUCGGCAAAACGCGUUUUCCUGAGCAGUAUCGAGCUUAGUCGAGGAGCCCAGAAGCGAAAAAACAGGUUUUCGCCUUCUGGGUGUUUAGGGUUUUAAGGGGUUUUCUGUGUUAGUCGUGUAGGAGGAGGAGAAGAAUGCCGGGUUCGGGUGGGAGUUGGAGAGAUGCGUACAAGGGAAUGUCGUCGGAUAAUAUAAAAGGGUUAGUGUUAGCUCUUUCUUCGAGCUUGUUCAUCGGUGCCAGCUUCAUCGUGAAGAAGAAAGGCUUGAAGAAAGCUGGAGCUUCUGGUCUCAGAGCAGGUUCGGGAGGCUAUUCUUACCUGGUGGAACCUCUCUGGUGGAUAGGCAUGAUAACGAUGAUUGUUGGAGAAAUCGCUAAUUUUGCCGCAUAUGCCUUUGCACCCGCCAUUUUGGUCACGCCUCUCGGGGCACUUAGCAUUAUUAUCAGUGCGGCUCUUGCACAUAUCAUCCUACGGGAAAAACUGCACACUUUUGGGAUUCUUGGGUGUGUUUUAUGUGUCGUUGGUUCGAUAACAAUCGUGCUACAUGCUCCUCAAGAACGCGAGAUCGAUUCCGUGAUAGAAGUAUGGAAUCUUGCAACAGAGCCAGCUUUUGUUUUCUACGCAGCUUCGGUGGUAGGGUUAGCCUUUGUGCUUAUAGUUCAGUUUGUACCGCAGUACGGCCAGACACACGUUAUGGUCUAUAUUGGAGUUUGUUCUCUCGUGGGAUCAUUAUCGGUGAUGAGCGUUAAGGCUCUCGGGAUAGCUUUGAAGCUGACGUUUUCGGGAAUGAAUCAAUUAGUUUACCCUCAGACAUGGGUUUUCACGCUGAUCGUUCUUACGUGCGUGAUAACUCAGAUGAACUAUCUAAACAAGGCUCUUGACACGUUCAAUACAGCAGUUGUUUCACCCAUAUACUACGUUAUGUUCACUUCAUUGACGAUCUUGGCCAGCGUCAUCAUGUUUAAGGACUGGGAUCGGCAAACUGGAACUCAGAUUGUCACCGAGAUUUGUGGGUUCAUUACGAUCCUCUCGGGAACAUUCCUUCUUCACAAAACUAAAGACAUGGUGGACGCAUCUAAUCCAGGUUCAUCGUCGGGAUCUCUGCUUUUGUGUCUUCCGAAGCACAUUGAAGAUGGCAAGGGGUUCAAGCAAGAAGGAAUUCCUUCGAGACGCCAAGAGUCGGCAAAGUCACCACGGCCAUUGCGCCACUCUAAGCACGGAGAAGAGGAUGGGUUCGACCCCGAAGCAGUGCCUCUCCGGCAUCAAGAGGCUUCACGUUCCUCCUCGUGAUAGAUUGUGUUAAUGAAACGAGAGGGAUAUUACAUCUCAACGGCUAAUGGCACCUGGGGGAGGGGGAACCAUAGCGGCCCGAGCCACACCGCACCAUGGCUCCAUAGGUCGAGUUAAGGGAACAGAGAGUGAGGGAGUUUUGUUUUUGGAGCUGAAGCCAUUGAAGCCAUUUCUUACGGUUUGAAGAUUGAAGAUUCUUGUCCUUGCUGUGUUGUGUCUUUUUGUUCUAGAGAGAGUUUUGUUCUUCAGGUAUGUAAUUGUUCACGAAAUACUGUUUGUUAUCUACUUCAUUGUAGAAAAAAAAAAUGGGGCGAUUCGGGUUUCGAGUUUA